AUGAUUCUUAAUUUGACGGAGGGAAACCAGGCCAGCCUGACCUGCACAGCUCCUACUUUCUGCUUUGGCACUAAACCUCAGUUCACCUGGGUGUGGAAAAGACCAGGAUGUAAUGACACUGAGGUCACAGAAGAAAUGAGAGAGUUUACAGUUGAGAAUGUCGCGGGACAGACCCACACCUCAACUCUGACCUUCAGUGUCUCGGCUCAACAUCACAACACCAACCUCACCUGUAGAGUCAUGUUCGCUGGUGACACAGCCAAAGAAGGGACGAGCUAUCUCAAAGUGAUGAAUUCUUCAUUCUUCACAAGUAUUUUGGACAAAGUGCUGAGUGAUCCAACGCUGUUUCUCGUUGUGUUUGGGACUGGAGUUCUGAUCGGGAUGUUGCUUUURUCCAUCAUUGCUUGUUUUGUUGUCAAGUGUCACAGACUGCUUCACAAAAACAGAAAGAAGUCAAGGAAUCUGUACGAAUGUCCGGAGAUGGUGACCACUGAAACUUUUUCUAAGAGGGAUGAGGACGGGAUCCAGGAUGUCCAUGAAGACAGGAUCCAGGACCCAGAGGCGGCACAAGGAGGAGCUGAACCCAACGAACCAACUAAAGAGACCGUGUGCUCUGAGAYGGUGUAUUCCAACAUUGACUUUUCUGCAAUGAAAGAGAGGAAUCCUGCAGAUGGGGCGAAGGCGCAGGAAACCACAGAGACAGAGUACGCUGAGAUUAAAAAAGGAGAAACUCGAGAGAGACAAGACGACGACGGGGCAGAGGGUGAAAAGUUGGAGGCCAGUGCUGAGGAGGAGGAGGAGAUAAAAGAGGAGGAUGAGGAGGUAAAACUGGGCCUGCUGGCUGAGGAGGUGGUCAGGGAGGAUGUUCCCCUGUACUCCAGUGCAGAUGAAAUAUUAGAUGAGAUCUGA